AUGUUAUUGCACUUUUUUACUUCUAAUUUGGAAUCAUUAUCAGGUAUAAAUAGAAAAUCACUUAACUUUAACAAUUAUUUAAAAAUAAACGAAUUAUACGUAGAUAUACAAACCAAAUGGAUUAAUCGAACAACACAAAUGAGUAGAUUGAAAAUUGGACGAUUAACAAAAAAUAAUUCAGGCAUUUGGACUUGUCGUAAAGUUCCUGGGACUAACUUAGAAUCAUUAGAAGAGAGUUCAUUGGAUUUACAGAAAACAAAUAUUAAAACUGAACCAAAAGAAUUGUAUGAUACAUUCAAUGAUAAUACUGGCAAAUCUUUAGAGACAAGAUUAUUACCUUUACAUAUUUAUACUUAUUUCAUGUAUUUUUACAUUUUCUAUACCAUAUUGUAUUAUUCUUGUGUAUAG